ACCCAGCUAAUGUCUGUGAGCUCCUUGGGAAACAUUGCAAGCUAUCUCUUCUGGAUGCAGCAGGAUCUCACCGUGUGAAAAAGGGAGCAUUUCCAACAUGUAGAUUGGGAUGUGGGGGUGGAGGAAUACAAUCUGCAGGCUAAGCACUGGGGAGGAGGAGUGGUUAAAGAUGAGUAAAACUUGGGACACGCUCUGCUCUCAUCCACAAUCCACAUCAGCACUGGGCGAGCUUUCAGCACCCUGGAUAGCAUCCGCGUUUAUAAGAGCCGGCGCCGCUCAGCAGCCCAUUGAAAGCGCAGCGCUUGUGGAUAGUGGGACCGGCAUGCAGCAGAAGCAGAAAAGAAAGGCGAUCACUUGGCCCCCUCCGGCGCACAGACUGGGCCACAUUUUCUGGGGAUUCUUUUAGAAGGUACAUCAGUGAUGGUUAAGAGAUGAACUACCCAGAAAGCUUGCGUCAUGGUUAGUUGGGGAAGGCCUGCUGUGGUUUUUACUUUGUUUAUUACUUACAUUUUGGGUGCAAACUGGAGCAUUCCCUGGCCUGUCGCGGCGCAUCAUUAACACUGUCCUCCAGUCACGUCAGCAGCUACAGGAAAGGAGUUCCCGGGACAGCGGCUCAUGUUGCGCUGGAAAGUUUCAGUUUGUGUCCGUGUGGAGCGGAGUUGAAGCAAAGGGAGGCGUCUCAUGUUUUCUGCAGACACUGGCCCUCUGGGGCUGGAGGUGCCCAGAAUGCGUGGUACGCCGGGAGGACACUUACUAGGGCUCAUCCCUUUCUUAAUAUCACUGGUGUGUUGUGACCAAAGUGUCAAUGAUCCGGGUAACAUGUCCUUUGUGAAAGAAACAGUGGAUAAGUUGUUGAAAGGUUAUGACAUUCGCCUAAGACCAGAUUUUGGAGGUUCUCCAGUUGCUGUUGGAAUGAAUAUAGACAUUGCUAGCAUUGACAUGGUUUCGGAAGUUAAUAUGGAUUACACCCUGACAAUGUAUUUUCAACAGUACUGGAGAGACAAGAGACUAGCUUAUACUGGGAUCCCCCUCAACCUCACUCUUGACAACCGAGUGGCCGAUCAGCUCUGGGUUCCUGACACUUAUUUUCUUAAUGACAAAAAGUCUUUUGUACAUGGAGUUACAGUGAAAAAUCGUAUGAUACGACUUCAUCCAGAUGGGACAGUUUUAUAUGGUCUCAGAAUAACAACAACAGCUGCGUGCAUGAUGGAUUUAAGGAGGUACCCACUGGAUGAGCAGAAUUGCACUCUUGAGAUAGAAAGCUAUGGUUACACAACAGACGACAUUGAAUUUUACUGGCUAGGAGGAGAUAAUGCUGUCACUGGUGUGGAAAGGAUUGAACUUCCACAGUUUUCCAUAAUGGAUCACAAGCUGGUAUCAAAGAAUGUUGUGUUUGCAACAGGGUCAUAUCCCAGACUUUCACUAAGCUUUAAGUUGAAACGGAACAUUGGAUACUUCAUUCUUCAAACUUACAUGCCAUCCAUACUGAUCACAAUCUUAUCCUGGGUAUCUUUUUGGAUUAAUUACGAUGCCUCAGCGGCACGUGUUGCCUUGGGAAUUACAACGGUGCUGACGAUGACAACUAUCAACACUCAUCUCCGAGAAACAUUACCGAAAAUCCCCUACGUUAAAGCCAUUGAUAUGUAUUUGAUGGGAUGUUUUGUUUUUGUAUUCUUGGCCUUACUGGAAUAUGCCUUUGUAAACUACAUCUUCUUUGGAAGAGGCCCCCAAAUGCAAAAGAGGCUUGCAGAAAAGAGUGCAAAAUCAAACAAGGAUCGCUCCAAAUAUGAAAGCAAUAGGAUGGAUGCCCAUGGAAAUAUAUUACUUACAACACUUGAAAUCCACAAUGAAGUAUCCGGCAAUGAAAUAACCACAAGUGUAAGCGAUGCAAGAAACUCAACAACAUCUUUUGAUAACUCAGGAAUCCAGUACAGAAAACAGAGUACAGCUCGGGAUAGUCUUGGGCAGCGUACUGCAGACAGAAAUAAUCCUCAAAGGAAAACCUAUUUGCGGAGGAGGUCUUCCCAGCUAAAAAUUAAAAUACCUGAUUUAACUGACGUGAAUGCCAUUGAUAGGUGGUCAAGAUUAGUCUUCCCUAUAACAUUUUCUCUCUUCAAUUUAAUCUACUGGUUAUACUAUAUUAACUGACAAACUAUGCCUAUGGAUAAUCAUUAGUCAAAGAACAAAUGGAGUUUUUGAUUGUAUGCAAAUAAGAAACAUUUUUUUAUGCAUACGUGGUCCUGAUAUGAAUGUAUGUGCACUAUCUGUGCUCACUCAUUCAUGUAAGCAUGUAUAUUCUGUGACUGUGGACAAUUUUUCAAGAAACCACAAGAACUAUUUUUAAGCUUUGGACAAUGCAGCUCUUUUUAGAAAGAACUACAUGCCUUUCAAUUUUCUGAAUACUGUUUGUGAUAUACAUAUAAUAAGUUCUGAUUUCAAAAACUGGACUACUGCCAUCAUUUCAUUGUUUACUUUGAACAUUAGAAGCUACCACUAAGAUAGCUAGUAUCAUCUACUAGCGCACAAUAGCAACUAUAAUAUUCUUGUUUAGAGUAUGUAUACUCUUUCUAGCUCCUUCUUUUAUUCUGUGUAUUCCUUAAAGCCUGUAAUAAGUUAUUUUACAAGUUUGGUACUGUAUCAAUAGAUGUCACAGCACCUUCCGUAGAGUCAAUUAAAAAGCCUUUCUUGGUUUACAUGGCUGUUGUCUUGAGAAAGGGCUGUGUUUGGGCCUGAAAUGUUGUUGCUUGUUGGAGAUCCCAGCCAUGUAAAGCAAUAAAGGCUUUAUAAUUGACUCUACAGAAGGUGCUGUGACAUCUAUUGAUACUGUAUCAACGGGUUGAAGUGAACAACUCUACACGUGCAGCCUAUUGAUUUUCUUCCAUGAAUGUUUGGUGAGUGCUGACCAAUUGCAAUUGCAUACUAUAUAGUUCUGUUAUGGCACAAAAUGCAUUAUUUUAACAGUGUUUAGGGGUCCAUCUAAAUGCACUGAAUAUUUACAAACUGAUGGAUUCCACUUUUUAUGUCCUACAAAUAUUGUACAGUAUAUUUUUACACCAGUUAAGAUAACUUGUGAAAAAAAACACCUUUACCCAUUUUAAAUGCACUGAGUAUUUGAGCAUGCCAGUGUAAUCUGGCUAUAAAUGCCUAAACUAUAAAAAUGAUGCUAAAUGGGACCUUUCACCUAUUAGUUAAGUUAAGUCCAUGUGUCUAUGGAGCUAACAGCAUUUACCAGAGGUGUGAUUUGAUAUACCUCUACAUGAGAUCUAGUCACUGCUUGUGGGGUUCAGAUUGUAAACCCAAGGUCAUACAGCAUGCAGAUUAGCCAUGUCAUUACAUACAUAUCUGGCACUUGAAUAUUAAAGAGGCAUUCCAAAUACUCCAGGAAUACCUUUGAUUUUAUUUCUUCUACUUCAAGCUGAAAUCCAAAAUGUAAAGCACAUACUCGAAUGUUAACUGUUUGAACACAGAAACCACUAACUGAGACAAUUUAAAAAUAUAAAGUACUUCUGACCAUUUAGAAAAUCUGUGGCUUUUGGCACACAACCAAUUAAUAUUGCCACUAUUUAGUAGGGAUGAUAAAAACAGGGAGGAUUACAUUUCUUCAGUUUUUUUAUUGAUGGGAAUGGGAUUAGUUCUCUAAACAGAAAGAAUAUUUACAAUUUACAUCUCCCCACAAAUACAAGGUAACUUCAUUUAAAUCUCUCAAAGUAGUCUAACCUUUAAUGGUGCACUUUUAGCCUGUAGGUGAAAGUAAAACCUUAAUAACACCCAUCUCAGGAUAUUUGCUACUUACACAAGCACAUCUCAUUUUAACUCAUCCUUCUACACAUUAUUAUUAUUAUGAUUCUUAAACUGCAUGUUUAUGUGGAUAUAUUUGCAUAUACGUAUGCAGAUAUACGUAUAAUUAAGGGGAUUCUUUUUUUUGCUUGAUAUUGUGACAGCAUGCCUUGUUAUAAUUUUAUUUCUGUAACAUUAACACUGUUUAUUAAUGUGUCACAGACUUUACUGAUACAAUAUUUAGACAUAUAUUCACUAAUGUACUGCUUUAUGCAUAUAUACUAGCAAAUCCCCAAAUAUUUAGCACGACUUUGUCAUACCCUAGAGCACAAUAUAUCUACUUUAAACAUGAAAAUGUUUAAUAUGCAAAGAUUUCUAACUUUAAAUAAUUAUUGUUUAAAUCGAAACAUACUUUAUUCCCUCAUUAAAUUCCACAUUUAUCAAACUAAAAACUGGUGAUUACAAAUGAAGCUGCAUCAAUUUCUGAACCAUUAAUAUUAUUUACUUUUUAUCUAAACUAGCAAUUUCUUAAGAGAAAUAGAUAAUAUAUUUUUGGUAUGUCACCUUUAUAUGACUUCCUUCCAGUACAAAUGAUGUUCUCUGUUGUAAAAGUGAAAAAUAAAUUUAUGUUGAAUUACUAGAUUAGGCUGAAUUCAGUAAAGUUAUGUCUUAAAAGGUGUGCUCCAACUGCAAAUAAAUUUUUCAUUAGAUGGUA